AUGGGAGCAAUCGGUCGGGUCGAGCGCACCACUACCUGUCCUUCCCGCUUCUCUUUACCUUUGUGCUCCAUCCGUUUCGGUCGGCCGUUACAAACGAACAUCAAACAUUCAUAUGACAAACACACACCAUCAAUUCGAUACAAAAACGUGCUGGACAUAAAGCAACAAAAACAGCAACGUGUUUCACGUGCCGUUGAACGUAUUUUACGUCUAGUUUGCUCAAAAAAUCUUGUAGAAGUAAUGAAUGAAAUUCCAACCGCUUCAUCUUCAUCACCAACACCAACAUCAACAUCAACACCAUCAACACCAUCAGAAACAGAAAAACUGGCUACAAAACGAAGUGCUAGCAAUGCAAACAGCGAUGAACAAAGUGAUUGCGAGUUGGUUUAG